AUCUCUCUCAGGGUUUCAUUGCACGUUCUACAACCGUAACGCCGUUGGAUCGGAGCGCUAAGCCCUGCCUAUUCACAUAAAAGACUCGCCCAUACUCAUCAGUCGUCCACCUUCCGCCAUGGCCUCCGCCGACAUCCGCAAGGUCUCCAUUCUGGGGAAGGAGACUAUCCACUGUGGCUUUCAUCUUGUCCCUCAUGUCGUGCAAACCGUCCUCGAGACUCUUCCUUCCUCCACUUACGUUCUUUUUACCGACACCAACGUCGGAAACCUCCACCUGUCCACCUUCGAAGAAGAGUUCGAGAAGGGAAUCAGGAAUGUCAAAUCUGAAGUGAAGCCCCGUUUCCUGACCUACAUCCUUCCUCCUGGCGAGACCAGCAAAAGCCGAGAGUGCAAAGCAGAGAUUGAAGAUUAUCUGCUGCUGAAUAAAUGCACUCGCGACUCGGUGAUCCUCGCCGUGGGCGGCGGCGUUAUGGGCGACCUCAUUGGAUUUGUCGCAGCAACUUUCAUGCGCGGUGUACGCUUCUGCCAGAUCCCCACAACCUUGCUCGCCAUGGUCGACUCGAGCGUUGGUGGCAAGACGGCCAUUGACACUCCUCACGGCAAGAACCUUAUUGGCUCCUUCUGGCAGCCAGAGUACAUCUUCAUCGACGCCGCAUUCCUGGAAACGCUUCCUGCCCGCGAGUUCUCCAAUGGAAUGGCAGAGGUUAUUAAGACUGCUGCAAUCUGGAAUGAAACCGAGUUCUCUGCGCUCGAGUCUCGAUCUGCGGAGAUCUUUGCGGCCAUCCAAACCCCCUCGAGAGACUUCUCGGGUCGUACCCAGGCUACCCGCUCUGCUGCACAGGAUCUCUUGUUGUCGGUCAUUGUCGGAUCAAUCUCUGUUAAGGCGCACAUCGUCACCAUCGACGAACGCGAGACCGGACUGCGUAACCUCGUUAACUUCGGACACACCAUCGGGCACGCCAUCGAAGCCGUCCUUACGCCGACGAUCCUGCACGGCGAGUGCGUCAGCGUCGGUAUGAUCCUGGAGGCGGAGGUCGCGCGCUCGCUCGGCGUCCUCUCGCAUUGCCUUCCUCUGUCAAUUGCUCCUGCAGGCCUGAAGGGCUCGAAGAUCCAGCUCGCUGCCAGUGUCUCCAGUCAAUACGUGUCCUCCAUCCUACUCUGCGCGCCGUACGCCCAGGAACAGGUCACGCUUGAGCUUGUCGGCGGACAGGUCAUCUCGCAGCCGUACAUCGACAUGACGAUCGCGAUGAUGAAGACGUUCGGCGUCCACGUCGUGCGCGAGCGCAACCCCGAGACGGGCGCCCUGCUCGACGUGUACACGAUCCCGAAGGCCACAUACGUCAACCCGAGCGACUACAACAUCGAGAGCGACGCAAGCAGCGCGACAUACCCUCUCGCGAUCGCCGCUAUCACCGGCACCGAGGUCACAAUUGCCAACAUUGGUUCCGCGUCGCUGCAGGGCGACGCCCGCUUCGCGAAGGAGGUGCUCGAGCCCAUGGGCUGCGAGGUCGUCCAGACAGAGACGGAGACUACCGUGCGUGGGCCGCCGAUGGGCAAGCUCAGGCCUCUUGGGCUCGUCGACAUGGAGCCGAUGACGGACGCAUUCCUCACUGCGUCGGUCCUCGCUGCCGUCGCCACCGGUCAGUGCCUGCCUGGGCGUGAAGUCACCGAUACCAAAGGCUACAGCGUCUCGAGGAUUAUUGGUAUUGCCAACCAGCGCGUCAAGGAGUGCAAUCGUAUUCAGGCGAUGAUUGAUCAGCUGGCCAAGUUCGGCAUUGAGACGAGAGAGCUCGACGAUGGACUCGAGAUCUACGGCAAGCCCAUCCCUGAGUUGAAGGAAGGCCGCAGCAUUCACUGCUACGACGACCACCGUGUUGCUAUGGCGUUCAGUGUGCUGGGCUCGAUCGUCAAGGAGACCAUCAUUGAAGAGAAGCGCUGCGUUGAGAAGACCUGGCCGAACUGGUGGGACGACCUCGAGAACAAGAUCGGCCUUCACGUUGAGGGCGUUGAGUUGUCGGCUGCGUCGCUUGUCAGCUCGCAGAGCGGCCAGUCCCCGAGCAUUUCUUCGGCAACCAUCGUCAUCAUCGGUAUGCGUGGAUCCGGCAAGAGCUUUAUUGGCGAGCUCGCCGCUUCGACGCUGGGAUGGACCUUCAUCGAUGCCGACACCUAUUUCGAGCAGAAGCACCACCAAGGAGUGCGUGAGUUCGUGCACCAGAAGGAUUGGCCCGCCUUCCGCGAGGCUGAGGCGGCCAUCCUGUCCGAGCUCCUUGAGAAGUGCCCGACGAACCACGUUCUCAGUCUCGGAGGCGGUAUCGUCGAGACGCCCUCCGCGCGCGACCUGCUUAAAGCCUACAUCAAGAAAGGCGCUGUCAUACACAUCGUGCGCGAGAUCGACGAGGUUGUCAAGUAUUUGGGCGAGGAGACUGCGCGCCCCGCGUACGGAGAGCCCGUUGUAGACGUCUUCAAGCGCCGCGAGCCCUGGUUCGCCGAGUGCUGCAGCCACGAAUUCGUCAACUACACUGGCGUGCUCAACACGUCUGACGUUAUCUCCGUAUCUCCCCAAAGCGUCCGACGCGAGGUCGCUCGUUUCUUCGGACACAUCACUGGCCAGCGCCCGAACCUCGCUGAGAACGUCUCCAACGAAAACCGCUCCUACUUUUUGUCACUGACAUACCCGGAUUUUACCCCUGCCCUUCCGUUUAUCGAGGAGCUCGUCGCUGGCGUUGAUGCUGUUGAAGUGCGCGUUGACCUGCUGCGCAGCCCCGUCGAUACGGAGAGCUUUGAGCCAUACAUUCCUCCGACUGCCUACGUUUGUGAGCAGAUCGCCGCCCUCAGGCAGAAGACGAACCUUCCCAUCGUCUUCACCUGCCGUACUGUCAGCCAGGGCGGUUCGUUCCCUGAUACUGCGGAGAAGCAAGCAUUCGACCUCUUCCACGCUGCACUGCGUCUCGGAGUGGAGUACAUUGACGUCGAGCUCACUUGGUCCAAGAAACAGAUCGACGCACUGGUACAGCGCAAAGGUUCCAGCCAGAUCAUUGCCUCCUAUCACGACUGGAGCGGUAACUUCAAGUGGGGAACUGCGCAGUCCAAGGACGUGUAUGACCGCGCCGCCGCCUUCGGUGACAUUGUCAAGAUUGUCGGUAAGGCGAACAAUUUCGAGGACAACUUUUCGUUGUACCGUUUCGUCGAGGAGCGCACGAAGGCUGACGGAUCGAAGCCCAUCAUCGCCAUCAACAUGGGCGUCGAGGGCCAGACGUCCCGGAUCUUGAACAAGACCUUCAGCCCUGUCACUCAUCCGCUCCUUCCUUCGAAGGCCGCGCCCGGGCAGCUCUCGUUCGUGCAGAUCCAGAACGCACUCAACCUCCUUGGCCUGCUCCCCUCAAAGAGGUUCUUCCUGUUUGGCAACCCCAUCUCGCAGUCGAUGUCGCCCACCAUUCAUAACACGGCCCACGAGAUCCUCGGCUUCCCACACAAAUACGAGCUGCUCGAGACGGAGACCGUCGGCGAAGAGAUCAAGGCCGCAGUGACUCUGCCUGAGUUUGGUGGUGCUAGUGUUACUAUUCCCUACAAGCUCGACGUGAUACCCCUCCUCGACACACUCUCCCCGCACGCUGAGGCGGUCGGUGCUGUGAACACAAUCGUUCCCAUCAAGCGCGAAGACGGCUCCACUGUCCUUCACGGCGAGAACACCGAUUGGGUUGGCAUGCGGGAGUGCAUUGUCUCGCAUCUGCCCGUCACUGGACGCAGCAUUGAGGCCGCCCUCGUUAUCGGGGCCGGCGGCACGAGCCGAGCAGCAAUUUACGCUCUGAAGAGCCUCAGCGUGAAGAACAUCUACCUCUUCAACCGCACGCGUGCCAGCGCCGAGGCUCUUGCCCUAACGUUCUCUGACACGAACGUAAAAAUCGUCGAGAAGCUCGGGGUCUGGCCCGAGGGCGCCUCCCCGCCGUCCGUUGUCAUCUCGACGGUGCCUGCCUCUGCGACGACUCUCGACCUAAGCGCCACAAACGCCCUCUACCUGCCGAGCUCUGUCCUCGACAAGAGCGUGCAGGGUGUUGUCGUCGACAUGGCCUACCGCCCUGCAGUCACGCCUUUGUUGGAGCUAGCGAGCAAGGCUGACAGCUGGAAGAUUGUCCGGGGCCUUGACGUCCUGCUCGAGCAGGGCUUUGCUCAGUUCAAGCUGUGGACUGGGCGCGAAGCUCCAAAGUCCAAGGUCGCGGAGGUCGUCAAGCGGGCGUACGAGGGCAAGCUUUGAAGCUGUAAUAGACCGCGAUCCCAUAGAUAAUCCAAUGUAUUAACAAUCUGUUGUACAAGCUGCCUAGACAUGUAGACCCCUAGUCCUCAGAGAACUGAUAGUGUCAAUAGUCAGCGAGUUGUCCGUGUCGUGAGCGUCCUUUCUCGAAUGUGAUCGUGGCGAUGUGAACAAUUUUGAAAGCGUGUCGCAGGUCGGAUGUGCACGUUCAGACCAUCCAUGUUUGCUUGACUAGGUCUGCAGCGCGCUCAGCAAGGAUGUAUACUGCGGCUUGAGUGUGCGCCGCGGGGAUUGAGGGCUAGAUG